GGUCACAAGGUGAAAGCAACAAAUAGCAGCAGUAGAUUCUGCCCAAUUAGGACAAUGCUUUUUUUAAAAUAUGAAACCUAUCUCCAGAAAUUCAUCCCAUAUUUGGUGGAUAAACAACCUUUAUUAAUGGAGAGAGUGCUGCUGUCAACUACGGGGCUCGUCACUUCAUUUGAUUAAAGGUUGAGAGUCAAAGGUUGAAAAUGGGUGACGCUGCCAUGAGAGAGUUUGGGCUGGCUGCUCCUUUUCUGAGAAAGUCAGACAAGGAGCGUUUGGAGGCCCAGACUCGUAUAUUUGACAUGAAGAAGGAGUGCUUUGUUCCUGACCCUGAGGUUGAGUUCGUCAAAGCUUCCAUCAUCAGUCGGGAUGGUGACAAAGUCACCGCUGAAACGGAAUUUGGAAAGACUGUGACAGUGAAGGAGUGUGAUGUACACCCUCAAAACCCGCCAAAGUUUGAUAAAAUUGAAGACAUGGCGAUGUUCACCUUCCUCCAUGAGCCCGCUGUGCUGUUUAACCUCAAAGAGCGUUAUGCAGCAUGGAUGAUCUAUACCUACUCUGGGCUCUUCUGUGUGACUGUCAACCCCUACAAGUGGCUGCCAGUCUACAACCAAGAGGUGGUUGUUGCCUAUAGAGGAAAGAAGAGGUCUGAAGCUCCUCCCCAUAUUUUCUCCAUCUCUGACAAUGCCUACCAGUACAUGCUGUCAGACAGAGAAAACCAGUCAAUCCUUAUCACUGGAGAAUCCGGUGCUGGAAAGACUGUCAACACCAAGCGUGUCAUUCAGUACUUUGCCAGCAUCGCUGCUGCCCCGAAUGCGAAGAAAGAUCUGGCUGCUGAAAAGAAGGGUACCCUGGAGGAUCAAAUCAUCCAGGCUAACCCUGCUCUGGAGGCCUUUGGGAAUGCCAAGACCAUCAGGAAUGACAACUCCUCUAGAUUUGGUAAAUUUAUCCGCAUUCAUUUUGACAACCGUGGAAAGCUGGCCUCUGCUGAUAUUGAAACUUACCUUUUGGAAAAGUCUCGUGUGACCUAUCAGUUAAAAGCUGAGAGGGACUACCACAUUUUCUACCAGAUCUUGUCUCAGGCAAAGCCGGAACUUCUGGACAUGUUGCUUAUCACCAACAACCCUUACGACUACGCCUUCAUCUCCCAAGGAGAGACAACAGUAGCCUCUAUCAAUGAUUCUGAAGAGCUGAUGGCCACUGAUGAAGCCUUUGAUGUGCUGGGCUUUACUCAAGAAGAGAAGAACGGCAUUUACAAGCUGACUGGUGCCAUCAUGCAUCAUGGAAAUAUGAAAUUCAAGACCAAGCAACGUGAAGAGCAGGCAGAGGCUGAUGGCACUGAAGUUGCUGACAAAGUUGCAUAUCUGAUGGGCCUGAACUCUGCUGACCUCAUCAAGGGUCUCUGUCACCCAAGAGUCAAAGUAGGAAAUGAGUGGGUCACCAAGGGACAAAAUGUCGCCCAGGUGAACUAUGCUGUUAGUGCACUGUCUAAAGCAGUGUAUGAGAGGAUGUUUCUGUGGAUGGUAGUGAGAAUUAAUCAAUCCCUGGACACCAAGCAGCCUCGCCAGUAUUUCAUUGGUGUACUGGACAUUGCUGGAUUUGAGAUCUUUGAUUUCAACACCUUUGAGCAGCUGUGCAUCAACUUCACCAAUGAAAAACUGCAACAGUUUUUCAACCACCACAUGUUUGUGCUGGAGCAGGAAGAGUACAAGAAAGAGGGCAUUGAAUGGACUUUCAUAGAUUUUGGUAUGGACUUGCAGGCCUGCAUUGACCUGAUUGAAAAGCCCAUGGGUAUCAUGUCCAUCCUUGAAGAGGAGUGCAUGUUCCCCAAAGCCUCUGAUACCACCUUUAAAACUAAGCUCUAUGACAACCAUUUGGGGAAAUCUGCCAACUUCCAGAAGCCCAGAGCUAUCAAAGGGAGACCAGAGGCCCAUUUUGCCCUGAUGCAUUAUGCUGGAACUGUUGAUUAUAAUAUCAACAACUGGCUGGUGAAGAACAAGGAUCCUCUGAAUGAAACGGUUGUAGGACUCUACCAGAAGUCUAAUCUCAAGCUGUUAUCUAUCCUCUUUGCAAAUUAUGCUGGAUCAGAUGCAGUAGCUGAAGGUGGAAAGGGCAAAGGAGGAGGAAGCAAAAAGAAGGGUGCAUCCUUCCAAACAGUGUCUGCCUUGCACAGGGAGAACCUGAACAAGCUGAUGACCAACUUGAGGUGUACUCACCCUCACUUUGUUCGCUGCAUCAUCCCCAAUGAGACCAAGACUCCUGGGGCCAUGGAGAACCCUCUGGUGAUGCACCAGCUGCGCUGUAAUGGUGUGCUGGAAGGCAUCAGGAUCUGCAGAAAGGGCUUCCCCAACAGGAUCCUCUAUGGAGAUUUCAAACAGAGAUACCGCAUUUUGAACCCAAGUGCUAUCCCUGAAGGACAGUUCAUCGAUAACAAAAAAGCUUCAGAGAAGCUUUUGGGCUCCUUGGAUAUAGACCAUAACCAGUACAAACUGGGGCACACCAAGGUGUUCUUCAAAGCUGGACUGCUUGGUCUGCUGGAGGAGAUGCGAGAUGACCGCUUAUCUCUAAUCAUCACUAGGAUCCAGGCAAGGUCACGAGGAGUUCUGGCAAGAAUUGAAUUCCAGAAGAUUGUAGAACGCAGGGAUGCAUUACUUGUGAUCCAGUGGAACAUCCGUGCUUUUAUGGGGGUCAAGAAUUGGCCCUGGAUGAAGAUGUUCUUUAAGAUUAAACCUCUUUUGAGAUCAGCAGAGACUGAGAAGGAAAUGGCCAAUAUGAAGGAAGAGUUUGCCAAACUAAAAGAGGCUUAUGCAAAAUCUGAGGCCCGCAGGAAGGAACUUGAAGAAAAAACGGUCACUCUUCUCCAAGAGAAGAAUGACCUGCAGCUCCAAGUUCAAUCUGAGCAAGAUAAUCUUUGUGAUGCUGAAGAAAGAUGUGAGGGGCUGAUCAAAAACAAAAUUCAGAUGGAGGCAAAAGCCAAAGAGCUGACAGAAAGACUGGAGGAUGAGGAGGAGAUGAAUUCUGAACUGACUGCUAAGAAGAGGAAGCUGGAGGAUGAGUGCUCUGAGCUGAAGAAAGACAUUGAUGACUUAGAGUUAACUCUGGCUAAAGUGGAGAAAGAGAAGCACGCCACAGAGAACAAGGUGAAGAACCUGGUCGAAGAGAUGGCUGCUCUGGAUGAAAUCAUAGCUAAGUUGACCAAAGAAAAGAAAGCCUUACAGGAAGCUCAUCAGCAAACAAUGGAUGAUCUGCAGAGUGAAGAAGACAAAGUCAACACUCUGACCAAGGCCAAGGCUAAGCUGGAGCAGCAAGUGGAUGAUCUCGAAGGCUCCCUUGAGCAAGAGAAGAAAGUGCGUAUGGACCUUGAGAGAGUAAAACGGAAGCUUGAGGGAGACCUAAAGUUAGCUCUAGAGAGUAUCAUGGACCUGGAAAAUGACAAGCAGCAACUCGAAGAGAGACUGAAAAAGAAAGAUUUUGAAAUCAGCCAACUCAAUGGUAAAAUUGAAGAUGAACAAGCAAUGAGUGCCCAGCUCCAGAAAAAAUUGAAGGAGUUACAGGCCCGCAUUGAAGAGCUGGAGGAAGAGCUUGAAGCAGAGCGAGCUGCCCGAGCCAAAGUGGAGAAGCAGAGAGCAGACUUGGCCAGAGAGCUGGAGGAGAUCAGUGAGAGGCUGGAGGAGGCUGGUGGAGCAACAUCUGCUCAGAUUGAGAUGAACAAGAAGAGGGAGGCUGAGUUCCUGAAACUCCGCAGAGACCUUGAAGAGGCCACUCUGCAGCAUGAAGCCACUGCUGCCACACUCAGGAAGAAACAAGCUGACAGUGUGGCUGACCUGGGAGAGCAGAUUGACAACCUGCAGAGAGUCAAGCAGAAACUGGAGAAGGAGAAGAGCGAGCUCAGACUGGAGCUGGACGAUGUGGUUUCCAAUAUGGAACAUAUUGCGAAGGCUAAGGUAAAAUACUUUUAUGUAUUAUAUAUGUUUCUGCUCAUUGUUAGUCUAAGGAAUAAUUUGGAGAAGAUGUGCAGGUCUCUGGAAGACCAGAUGAACGAAUACAAAACAAAGGCAGAAGAGGGACAGCGUACUAUCAAUGACUUCACCAUGCAGAAAGCAAAGCUUCAAACUGAGAAUGGUGAACUUGUAAGGCGGCUAGAGGAAAAGGAUUCCCUGGUGUCCCAACUAACCAGAGGAAAACAGUCCUACACUCAACAAAUUGAAGACCUUAAAAGACAACUAGAGGAGGAAGUCAAGGCCAAGAAUGCAUUAGCCCAUGCAGUGCAGUCUGCUCGUCAUGACUGUGACCUGCUCAGGGAGCAGUAUGAGGAGGAGCAGGAGGCCAAGGCUGAAUUGCAGCGAGGCAUGUCCAAGGCCAACUCUGAGGUGGCUCAGUGGAGAACUAAAUAUGAAACUGAUGCCAUCCAGAGAACCGAGGAACUGGAGGAGGCAAAGAAAAAGCUGGCUCAGCGUCUGCAGGAUGCUGAGGAGGCUGUGGAAGCAGUGAAUGCUAAAUGUUCAUCUCUGGAGAAGACCAAACAUAGGCUGCAGAAUGAGAUUGAAGAUCUCAUGGUGGAUGUGGAGAGGUCUAAUGCUGCUGCUGCUGCUCUGGACAAGAAGCAAAGAAACUUUGAUAAGGUCUUGGCAGAAUGGAAGCAGAAGUAUGAAGAGUCUCAAGCAGAGCUGGAGAGCUCUCAGAAGGAAGCCAGGUCUCUGAGCACUGAGCUCUUCAAACUGAAGAACUCCUAUGAAGAAUCUCUUGAACAUCUAGAGACCAUGAAGAGAGAGAAUAAGAAUCUACAGGAGGAAAUAUCUGACCUCACUGAGCAAAUUGGGGAGAGUGGAAAGAGUAUCCAUGAGCUUGAGAAGAUUCGAAAACAGUUAGAACAAGAGAAGUCUGAGAUACACACAGCCCUGGAGGAAGCAGAGGCCUCACUGGAACAUGAGGAAGGGAAGAGUCUAAGAGCCCAGCUUGAGUUCAACCAGAUUAAGGCUGAUCUUGAUCGCAAGUUGGCCGAGAAAGAUGAAGAGAUGGAGCAAGCAAAGAGAAAUCAGCAGCGAAUUGUGGAUACUCUUCAGAGCUCUCUUGAUGCUGAGACUCGCAGCAGGAACGAGGCUCUCCGUUUGAAGAAGAAGAUGGAGGGAGACCUCAAUGAGAUGGAGAUCCAGCUAAGCCAGGCCAACAGGCAGGCAGCUGAGGCACAGAAACAACUUAAAUCUGUUCAUGCACAUUUAAAGGACCUUCAGCUCCAGCUUGAUGAUGCUCUUCGAGCCAAUGAUGAUCUAAAGGAAAACAAUGCCAUAGUUGAGAGACGCAACAACCUGCUUCAGGCCGAAGUGGAGGAGCUCAGGUCUGCUCUGGAGCAAACUGAGAGAGGUCGCAAACUUGCUGAGCAAGAGCUGCUGGAUGUUAGUGAAAGGGUGCAGCUACUGCACUCACAGAACACCAGCCUGAUAAAUCACAAGAAGAAGCUGGAGGCUGAUACAUCCCAGCUUCAGGCAGAAGUAGAAGAUGCUGUGCAGGAGUGCAGAAAUGUUGAAGAGAAGGCCAAGAAGGCCAUUACUGAUGCUGCCAUGAUGGCAGAGGAGCUAAAGAAAGAGCAGGACACCAGUGCUCACCUGGAGCGUAUGAAGAAGAACAUGGAGCAAACCAUCAAAGACCUGCAACACCGUCUGGAUGAAGCUGAACAGAUCGCCAUGAAGGGAGGCAAGAAGCAGGUGCAGAAGCUUGAGGCCAGGGUCAGGGAACUUGAAAAUGAGGUGGAAAGUGAACAGAAAAAGGCCAGUGAUGCUGUAAAGGGAGUAAAAAAGUAUGAAAGACGUAUCAAGGAGCUUACCUAUCAGACAGAAGAAGACCGUAAAAAUCUAGCUCGUCUUCAAGAUUUGGUGGACAAGCUGCAGCUUAAGGUGAAAUCCUAUAAGAAGGCUUCUGAAGAUGCUGAGGAACAGAGCAACAGUUAUCUUACCAAGUUUCGUAAGCUUCAACAUGAGUUUGAUGAAGCUGAAGAGAGAGCUGACAUCGCUGAGUCUCAGGUCAACAAGCUACGUGCCAAGACCCGAGAUGUGGGGAAGUCAGACAAAGAGCGUCUAGAAGCCCAAACUCGUCCAUUUGACAUAAAGAAGGAGUGCUUCGUUCCUGACCCUGAGGUUGAGUACGUAAAGGGAACCGUCACUAGUCGUGACGGUGAGAAAGUCACUGUUGUGACUGAAUUUGACAAGACUGUGACAGUGAAGGAGUGUGAUGUACACCCUCAAAACCCGCCAAAGUUUGAUAAAAUUGAAGACAUGGCGAUGUUCACCUUCCUCCAUGAGCCUGCUGUGCUGUUUAACCUCAAAGAGCGUUAUGCAGCAUGGAUGAUCUAUACCUACUCUGGGCUCUUCUGUGUGACUGUCAACCCCUACAAGUGGCUGCCAGUCUACAACCAAGAGGUGGUUGUUGCCUAUAGAGGAAAGAAGAGGUCUGAAGCUCCUCCCCAUAUUUUCUCCAUCUCUGACAAUGGCUACCAGUACAUGCUGUCAGACAGAGAAAACCAGUCAAUCCUUAUCACUGGAGAAUCCGGUGCUGGAAAGACUGUCAACACCAAGCGUGUCAUUCAGUACUUUGCCAGCAUCGCUGCUGCCCCGAAUGUGAAGAAAGAUCUGGCUGCUGAAAAGAAGGGUACCCUGGAGGAUCAAAUCAUCCAGGCUAACCCUGCUCUGGAGGCCUUUGGGAAUGCCAAGACCAUCAGGAAUGACAACUCCUCUAGAUUUGGUAAAUUUAUCCGCAUUCAUUUUGACAACCGUGGAAAGCUGGCCUCUGCUGAUAUUGAAACUUACCUUUUGGAAAAGUCUCGUGUGACCUAUCAGUUAAAAGCUGAGAGGGACUACCACAUUUUCUACCAGAUCUUGUCUCAGGCAAAGCCGGAACUUCUGGACAUGUUGCUUAUCACCAACAACCCUUACGACUACGCCUUCAUCUCCCAAGGAGAGACAACAGUAGCCUCUAUCAAUGAUUCUGAAGAGCUGAUGGCCACUGAUGAAGCCUUUGAUGUGCUGGGCUUUACUCAAGAAGAGAAGAACGGCAUUUACAAGCUGACUGGUGCCAUCAUGCAUCAUGGAAAUAUGAAAUUCAAGACCAAGCAACGUGAAGAGCAGGCAGAGGCUGAUGGCACUGAAGUUGCUGACAAAGUUGCAUAUCUGAUGGGCCUGAACUCUGCUGACCUCAUCAAGGGUCUCUGUCACCCAAGAGUCAAAGUAGGAAAUGAGUGGGUCACCAAGGGACAAAAUGUCGCCCAGGUGAACUAUGCUGUUAGUGCACUGUCUAAAGCAGUGUAUGAGAAGAUGUUUCUGUGGAUGGUAGUGAGAAUUAAUCAAUCCCUGGACACCAAGCAGCCUCGCCAGUAUUUCAUUGGUGUACUGGACAUUGCUGGAUUUGAGAUCUUUGAUUUCAACACUUUUGAGCAGCUGUGCAUCAACUUCACCAAUGAAAAACUGCAACAGUUUUUCAACCACCACAUGUUUGUGCUGGAGCAGGAAGAGUACAAGAAAGAGGGCAUUGAAUGGACUUUCAUAGAUUUUGGUAUGGACUUGCAGGCCUGCAUUGACCUGAUUGAAAAGCCCAUGGGUAUCAUGUCCAUCCUUGAAGAGGAGUGCAUGUUCCCCAAAGCCUCUGAUACCACCUUUAAAACUAAGCUCUAUGACAACCAUCUGGGGAAAUCUGCCAACUUCCAGAAGCCCAGAAUUAUCAAAGGGAGACCAGAGGCCCAUUUCUCCCUGGUUCACUAUGCUGGAAUUGUUGAUUAUAAUAUCAACAACUGGCUGGUGAAGAACAAGGAUCCUCUGAAUGAAACGGUUGUAGGACUCUACCAGAAGUCUAAUCUCAAGCUGUUAUCUAUCCUCUUUGCAAAUUAUGCUGGAGCAGAUGCAGUAGCUGAAGGUGGAAAGGGCAAAGGAGGAGGAAGCAAAAAGAAGGGUGCAUCCUUCCAAACAGUGUCUGCCUUGCACAGGGAGAACCUGAACAAGCUGAUGACCAACUUGAGGUCUACUCACCCUCACUUUGUUCGCUGCAUCAUCCCCAACGAGACCAAGACUCCUGGGGCCAUGGAGAACCCUCUGGUGAUGCACCAGCUGCGCUGUAAUGGUGUGCUGGAAGGCAUCAGGAUCUGCAGAAAGGGCUUCCCCAACAGGAUCCUCUAUGGAGAUUUCAAACAGAGAUACCGCAUUUUGAACCCAAGUGCUAUCCCUGAAGGACAGUUCAUCGAUAACAAAAAAGCUUCAGAGAAGCUUUUGGGCUCCUUGGAUAUAGACCAUAACCAGUACAAACUGGGGCACACCAAGGUGUUCUUCAAAGCUGGACUGCUUGGUCUGCUGGAGGAGAUGCGAGAUGACCGCUUAUCUCUAAUCAUCACUAGGAUCCAGGCAAGGUCACGAGGAGUUCUGGCAAGAAUUGAAUUCCAGAAGAUUGUAGAACGCAGGGAUGCAUUACUUGUGAUCCAGUGGAACAUCCGUGCUUUUAUGGGGGUCAAGAAUUGGCCCUGGAUGAAGAUGUUCUUUAAGAUUAAACCUCUUUUGAGAUCAGCAGAGACUGAGAAGGAAAUGGCCAAUAUGAAGGAAGAGUUUGCCAAACUAAAAGAGGCUUACGCAAAAUCUGAGGCCCGCAGGAAGGAACUUGAAGAAAAAACGGUCACUCUUCUCCAAGAGAAGAAUGACCUGCAGCUCCAAGUUCAAUCUGAGCAAGAUAAUCUUUGUGAUGCUGAAGAAAGAUGUGAGGGACUGAUCAAAAACAAAAUUCAGAUGGAGGCAAAAGCAAAAGAGCUGACAGAAAGAUUGGAGGAUGAGGAGGAGAUGAAUUCUGAACUGACUGCUAAGAAGAGGAAGCUGGAGGAUGAGUGCUCUGAGCUGAAGAAAGACAUUGAUGACUUAGAGUUAACUCUGGCUAAAGUGGAGAAAGAGAAGCACGCCACAGAGAACAAGGUGAAGAACCUGGUCGAAGAGAUGGCUGCUCUGGAUGAAAUCAUAGCUAAGUUGACCAAAGAAAAGAAAGCCUUACAGGAAGCUCAUCAGCAAACACUGGAUGAUCUGCAGAGUGAAGAAGACAAAGUCAACACUCUGACCAAGGCCAAGGCUAAGCUGGAGCAGCAAGUGGAUGAUCUCGAAGGCUCCCUUGAGCAAGAGAAGAAAGUGCGUAUGGACCUUGAGAGAGUAAAACGGAAGCUUGAGGGAGACCUAAAGUUAGCUCUAGAGAGUAUCAUGGACCUGGAAAAUGACAAGCAGCAACUCGAAGAGAGACUGAAAAAGAAAGAUUUUGAAAUCAGCCAACUCAAUGGUAAAAUUGAAGAUGAACAAGCAAUGAGUGCCCAGCUCCAGAAAAAAUUGAAGGAGUUACAGGCCCGCAUUGAAGAGCUGGAGGAAGAGCUUGAGGCAGAGCGAGCUGCCCGAGCCAAAGUGGAGAAGCAGAGAGCAGACUUGGCCAGAGAGCUGGAGGAGAUCAGCGAGAGGCUGGAGGAGGCUGGUGGAGCAACAUCUGCUCAGAUUGAGAUGAACAAGAAGAGGGAGGCUGAGUUCCAGAAACUCCGCAGAGACCUUGAAGAGGCCACUCUGCAGCAUGAAGCCACUGCUGCCACACUCAGGAAGAAACAAGCUGACAGUGUGGCUGACCUGGGAGAGCAGAUUGACAACCUGCAGAGAGUCAAGCAGAAACUGGAGAAAGAGAAGAGCGAGCUCAGACUGGAGCUGGAUGAUGUGGUUUCCAAUAUGGAACAUAUUGUGAAGGCUAAGAAUAAUUUGGAGAAGAUGUGCAGGUCUCUGGAAGACCAGAUGAACGAAUACAAAACAAAGGCAGAAGAGGGACAGCGUACUAUCAAUGACUUCACCAUGCAGAAAGCAAAGCUUCAAACUGAGAAUGGUGAACUUGUAAGGCGGCUAGAGGAAAAGGAUUCCCUGGUGUCCCAACUAACCAGAGGAAAACAGUCCUACACUCAACUAAUUGAAGACCUUAAAAGACAACUAGAGGAGGAAGUCAAGGCCAAGAAUGCAUUAGCCCAUGCAGUGCAGUCUGCUCGUCAUGACUGUGACCUGCUCAGGGAGCAGUAUGAGGAGGAGCAGGAGGCCAAGGCUGAAUUGCAGCGAGGCAUGUCCAAGGCCAACUCUGAGGUUGCUCAGUGGAGAACUAAAUAUGAAACUGAUGCCAUCCAGAGAACCGAGGAACUGGAGGAGGCAAAGAAAAAGCUGGCUCAGCGUCUGCAGGAUGCUGAGGAGGCUGUGGAAGCAGUGAAUGCUAAAUGUUCAUCUCUGGAGAAGACCAAACACAGGCUGCAGAAUGAGAUUGAAGACCUCAUGGUGGAUGUGGAGAGGUCUAAUGCUGCUGCUGCUGCUCUGGACAAGAAGCAAAGAAACUUUGAUAAGGUCUUGGCAGAAUGGAAACAGAAGUAUGAAGAGUCUCAAGCAGAGCUGGAGAGCUCUCAGAAGGAAGCCAGGUCUCUGAGCACUGAGCUCUUCAAACUGAAGAACUCCUAUGAAGAAUCUCUUGAACAUCUAGAGACCAUGAAGAGAGAGAAUAAGAAUCUACAGGAGGAAAUAUCUGACCUCACUGAGCAAAUUGGGGAGAGUGGAAAGAGUAUCCAUGAGCUUGAGAAGAUUCGAAAACAGUUAGAACAAGAGAAGUCUGAGAUACACACAGCCCUGGAGGAAGCAGAGGCCUCACUGGAACAUGAGGAAGGGAAGAUUCUCAGAGCCCAGCUUGAGUUCAACCAGAUUAAGGCUGAUCUUGAUCGCAAGUUGGCCGAGAAAGAUGAAGAGAUGGAGCAAGCAAAGAGAAAUCAGCAGCGAAUUGUGGAUACUCUUCAAAGCUCUCUUGAUGCUGAGACUCGCAGCAGGAACGAGGCUCUCCGUUUGAAGAAAAAGAUGGAGGGAGACCUCAAUGAGAUGGAGAUCCAGCUAAGCCAGGCCAACAGGCAGGCAGCUGAGGCCCAGAAACAACUUAAAUCUGUUCAUGCACAUUUAAAGGACCUUCAGCUCCAGCUUGAUGAUGCUCUUCGAGCCAAUGAUGAUCUAAAGGAAAACAAUGCCAUAGUUGAGAGACGCAACAACCUGCUUCAGGCCGAAGUGGAGGAGCUCAGGUCUGCUCUGGAGCAAACUGAGAGAGGUCGCAAACUUGCUGAGCAAGAGCUGCUGGAUGUUAGUGAAAGGGUGCAGCUACUGCACUCACAGAACACCAGCCUGAUAAAUCACAAGAAGAAGCUGGAGGCUGAUACAUCCCAGCUUCAGGCAGAAGUAGAAGAUGCUGUGCAGGAGUGCAGAAAUGUUGAAGAGAAGGCCAAGAAGGCCAUUACUGAUGCUGCCAUGAUGGCAGAGGAGCUGAAGAAAGAGCAGGACACCAGUGCUCACCUGGAGCGUAUGAAGAAGAACAUGGAGCAAACCAUCAAAGACCUGCAACACCGUCUGGAUGAAGCUGAACAGAUCGCCAUGAAGGGAGGCAAGAAGCAGGUGCAGAAGCUCGAGGCCAGGGUCAGGGAACUUGAAAAUGAGGUGGAAAGUGAACAGAAAAAGGCCAGUGAUGCUGUAAAGGGAGUAAAAAAGUAUGAAAGACGUAUCAAGGAGCUUACCUAUCAGACAGAAGAAGACCGUAAAAAUCUAGCUCGUCUUCAAGAUUUGGUGGACAAGCUGCAGCUUAAGGUGAAAUCCUAUAAGAAGGCUUCUGAAGAUGCUGAGGAACAGAGCAACAGUUAUCUUACCAAGUUUCGUAAGCUUCAACAUGAGUUUGAUGAAGCUGAAGAGAGAGCUGACAUCGCUGAGUCUCAGGUCAACAAGCUACGUGCCAAGACCCGAGAUGUGGGGUCAAAAAGAGGACUUGACGAGAUGGGUGAUGCUGCCAUGGCAGAGUUUGGGCCCGCUGCUCCUUUUCUUAGGAAGUCAGACAAAGAGCGUCUAGAAGCCCAAACUCGUCCAUUUGACAUAAAGAAGGAGUGCUUCGUUCCUGACCCUGAGGUUGAGUACGUAAAGGGAACCGUCACUAGUCGUGACGGUGAGAAAGUCACUGUUGUGACUGAAUUUGACAAGACUGUGACAGUGAAGGAGUGUGAUGUACACCCUCAAAACCCGCCAAAGUUUGAUAAAAUUGAAGACAUGGCGAUGUUCACCUUCCUCCAUGAGCCCGCUGUGCUGUUUAACCUCAAAGAGCGUUAUGCAGCAUGGAUGAUCUAUACCUACUCUGGGCUCUUCUGUGUGACUGUCAACCCCUACAAGUGGCUGCCAGUCUACAACCAAGAGGUGGUUGUUGCCUAUAGAGGAAAGAAGAGGUCUGAAGCUCCUCCCCAUAUUUUCUCCAUCUCUGACAAUGGCUACCAGUACAUGCUGUCAGACAGAGAAAACCAGUCAAUCCUUAUCACUGGAGAAUCCGGUGCUGGAAAGACUGUCAACACCAAGCGUGUCAUUCAGUACUUUGCCAGCAUCGCUGCUGCCCCGAAUGCAAAGAAAGAUCUGGCUGCUGAAAAGAAGGGUACGCUGGAGGAUCAAAUCAUCCAGGCUAACCCUGCUCUGGAGGCCUUUGGGAAUGCCAAGACCAUCAGGAAUGACAACUCCUCUAGAUUUGGUAAAUUCAUCAGAAUUCAUUUUGACAACCGAGGAAAGCUGGCCUCUGCUGACAUCGAGACUUACCUUUUGGAAAAGUCUCGUGUGACCUACCAGCUCAAAGCUGAGAGGGACUACCACAUUUUCUACCAGAUCUUGUCUCAGGCAAAGCCUGAGCUUAUGGACAUGUUGCUUAUCACCAACAACCCCUAUGACUACGCCUUCAUCUCCCAAGGAGAGACAACAGUAGCCUCUAUCAAUGAUUCUGAAGAGCUGAUGGCCACUGAUGAAGCCUUUGAUGUGCUGGGAUUCACUCAAGAAGAGAAGUGCAGUAUUUACAAGCUGACUGGUGCCAUCAUGCACUAUGGUAACAUGAAGUUUAAGCAGAAGCAGCGUGAAGAGCAGGCGGAAGCUGAUGGCACUGAAGUUGCUGACAAAAUUGCAUAUCUGAUGGGCCUGAAUUCUGCGGACCUCAUCAAGGGUCUCUGUCACCCAAGAGUCAAAGUAGGAAAUGAGUGGGUUACCAAGGGACAAAAUGUCGCCCAGGUGUACUAUGCUGUUAGUGCACUGUCUAAAUCAGUGUAUGAGAAGAUGUUUCUGUGGAUGGUGGUGAGAAUUAAUCAAUCCCUGGACACCAAGCAGCCUCGCCAGUACUUUAUCGGUGUGCUGGACAUUGCUGGAUUUGAGAUCUUUGAUUUCAACACCUUUGAGCAGCUGUGCAUCAACUUCACCAAUGAAAAACUGCAACAGUUUUUCAACCACCACAUGUUUGUGCUGGAGCAGGAAGAGUACAAGAAAGAGGGCAUUGAAUGGAUUUUUAUAGAUUUUGGUAUGGACUUGCAGGCCUGCAUUGACCUGAUUGAAAAGCCUAUGGGUAUCAUGUCCAUCCUUGAAGAGGAGUGCAUGUUCCCCAAAGCCUCUGAUACCACCUUUAAAAGUAAGCUCUAUGACAACCAUCUGGGGAAAUCUAACAACUUCCAGAAGCCCAGAAUUGUUAAAGGGAAACCAGAGGCCCAUUUCUCCCUGGUUCACUAUGCUGGAACUGUUGAUUAUAAUAUCAACAACUGGCUGGUGAAGAACAAGGAUCCUCUGAAUGAGACCGUUGUAGGACUCUACCAGAAGUCUAAUCUCAAGCUGUUAUCUGUCCUCUUCGCAAAUUAUGCUGGAUCAGAAUCAGCAGCUGAAGGUGGAAAGGGCGGCAAAGGAGGAGGCAGUAAGAAGAAGGGUUCAUCCUUCCAAACUGUGUCUGCCUUGCACAGGGAGAACCUGAACAAGCUGAUGACCAACUUGAGGUCUACUCACCCUCACUUUGUACGCUGCAUCAUCCCCAAUGAGACCAAGACUCCUGGGGCCAUGGAGAACCCUCUGGUGAUGCACCAGCUGCGCUGUAACGGUGUGCUUGAAGGCAUCAGGAUCUGCAGAAAGGGCUUCCCCAACAGGAUCCUCUAUGGAGAUUUCAAACAGAGAUACCGUAUUUUGAACCCUAAUGCCAUUCCUGAGGGACAGUUUAUCGACAACAAGAAGGCUGCGGAGAAACUGUUGGGUUCACUGGAUAUUGACCACACCCAGUACAAGCUGGGGCACACAAAGGUGUUCUUCAAAGCUGGACUGCUGGGUCUGCUCGAGGAGAUGCGAGAUGACCGACUAGCACUAAUCAUCACUGGCAUCCAAGCCCGGUCGCGAGGCCUUCUGGCAAGAAUUGAAUUCCAGAAGAUUGUUGAACGCAGGGAUGCACUACUUGUGAUCCAGUGGAACAUCCGUGCCUUCAUGGGGGUCAAGAAUUGGCCCUGGAUGAAGAUGUACUUCAAGAUUAAACCUCUGCUGAAGUCAGCAGAGUCCGAGAAGGAGAUGGCCAACAUGAAGGAAGAGUUUGGCAAACUAAAAGAGGCUUAUGCAAAAUCAGAAGCCCGCAGGAAGGAACUCGAAGAAAAAAUGGUCACUCUUCUCCAAGAGAAGAAUGACCUGCAGCUCCAAGUUCAAUCUGAGCAAGAUAAUCUUUGUGAUGCUGAAGAAAGAUGUGAGGGGCUGAUCAAAAACAAAAUUCAGAUGGAGGCAAAAGCCAAAGAGCUGACAGAAAGAUUGGAGGAUGAGGAGGAGAUGAAUUCUGAACUGACUGCUAAGAAGAGGAAGCUGGAGGAUGAGUGCUCUGAGCUGAAGAAAGACAUUGAUGACUUAGAGUUAACUCUGGCUAAAGUGGAGAAAGAGAAGCAUGCCACAGAGAACAAGGUAAAGAACAUGACAGAAGAGAUGGCUGCUCUGGAUGAAAUAAUUGCCAAGUUGACGAAAGAAAAGAAAGCCUUACAGGAAGCUCAUCAGCAAACGCUGGAUGAUCUGCAGAGUGAAGAAGACAAAGUCAACACUCUGACUAAGGCCAAGACUAAGCUGGAGCAGCAAGUGGAUGAUCUCGAAGGCUCCCUUGAGCAAGAGAAGAAAGUGCGCAUGGACCUUGAGAGAGCAAAACGGAAGCUUGAGGGAGACCUAAAGUUAGCUCAAGAGAGUGUCAUGGACCUGGAAAAUGACAAGCAGCAACUCGAAGAGAGACUGAAAAAGAAAGAUUUUGAAAUCAACCAACUCAAUAGUAAAAUAGAAGAUGAACAAGCAAUGAGUGCCCAGCUCCAGAAAAAAUUGAAGGAGUUACAGGCCCGCAUUGAGGAGCUGGAAGAAGAGCUUGAGGCAGAGCGAGCUGCCCGAGCCAAGGUGGAGAAGCAGAGAGCAGACUUGGCCAGAGAGCUGGAGGAGAUCAGUGAGAGGCUGGAGGAGGCUGGUGGAGCAACAUCUGCUCAGAUUGAGAUGAACAAGAAGAGGGAGGCUGAGUUCCAGAAACUCCGCAGAGACCUUGAAGAGGCCACUCUGCAGCAUGAAGCCACUGCUGCCACACUCAGGAAGAAACAAGCUGACAGUGUGGCUGACCUGGGAGAGCAGAUUGACAACCUGCAGAGAGUCAAGCAGAAACUGGAGAAGGAGAAGAGCGAGCUCAGACUGGAGCUGGACGAUGUGGUCUCCAAUAUGGAAAAUAUUGUGAAGGCUAAGAAUAAUUUGGAGAAAAUGUGCAGGUCUCUGGAAGACCAGAUGAACGAAUACAAAACAAAGGCAGAAGAGGGACAGCGUACUAUCAAUGACUUCACCAUGCAGAAAGCAAAGCUUCAAACUGAGAAUGGUGAACUUGUAAGGCAGCUUGAGGAAAAGGAUUCCCUGGUGUCCCAACUAACCAGAGGAAAACAGUCCUACACUCAACAAAUUGAAGACCUUAAAAGACAACUAGAGGAGGAAGUCAAGGCCAAGAAUGCGUUAGCCCACGCAGUGCAGUCUGCUCGUCAUGACUGUGACCUGCUCAGGGAGCAGUAUGAGGAGGAGCAGGAGGCCAAGGGUGAAUUGCAGCGAGGCAUGUCCAAGGCCAACUCUGAGGUGGCUCAGUGGAGAACUAAGUACGAAACUGAUGCCAUCCAGAGAACUGAGGAACUGGAGGAUGCCAAAAAGAAGCUGGCUCAGCGUCUGCAGGAUGCUGAGGAGGCUGUGGAAGCAGUGAAUGCUAAAUGUUCAUCUCUGGAGAAGACCAAACACAGGCUGCAGAAUGAGAUUGAAGAUCUCAUGGUGGAUGUGGAGAGGUCUAAUGCUGCUGCUGCUGCUCUGGACAAGAAGCAAAGAAACUUUGACAAGGUCUUGGCAGAAUGGAAACAGAAGUAUGAAGAGUCUCAAACAGAGCUGGAGAGCUCUCAGAAGGAAGCCAGGUCUCUGAGCACUGAGCUCUUCAAACUGAAGAACUCCUAUGAAGAAUCUCUUGAACAUCUAGAGACCAUGAAGAGAGAGAAUAAGAAUCUACAGGAGGAAAUAUCUGACCUCACUGAGCAAAUUGGGGAGAGUGGAAAGAGCAUCCAUGAGCUUGAGAAGAUUCGAAAACAGUUAGAACAAGAGAAGUCUGAGAUACACACAGCCCUGGAGGAAGCAGAGGCCUCACUGGAACAUGAGGAAGGGAAGAUUCUCAGAGCCCAGCUUGAGUUCAACCAGAUUAAGGCUGAUCUUGAUCGCAAGUUGGCCGAGAAAGAUGAAGAGAUGGAGCAAGCAAAGAGAAAUCAGCAACGAAUUGUGGAUACUCUUCAGAGCUCUCUUGAGGCCGAGACUCGCAGCAGGAACGAGGCUCUCCGUUUGAAGAAGAAGAUGGAGGGAGACCUCAAUGAGAUGGAGAUCCAGCUAAGCCAGGCCAACAGGCAGGCAGCUGAGGCACAGAAACAACUUAAAUCUGUUCAUACACAUCUAAAGGACCUUCAGCUCCAGCUUGAUGACGCUCUUCGAGCCAAUGAUGAUCUAAAGGAAAACAAUGCCAUGAUUGAGAGACGCACCAAUCUUCUUCAGGCCGAAGUGGAGGAGCUCAGGUCUGCUCUGGAGCAAACUGAGAGAGGUCGCAAACUUGCUGAGCAAGAGCUGUUGGAUGUUAGUGAAAGGGUGCAGCUACUGCAUUCACAGAACACCAGCCUGAUAAAUCACAAGAAGAAGCUGGAGGCUGAUACAUCCCAGCUUCAGACAGAAGUAGAAGAUGCUGUGCAGGAGUGCAGAAACGCUGAGGAGAAGGCCAAGAAGGCCAUUACUGAUGCUGCCAUGAUGGCAGAGGAGCUGAAGAAAGAGCAGGACACCAGUGCUCACCUGGAGCGUAUGAAGAAGAACAUGGAGCAAACCAUCAAAGACCUGCAGCACCGUCUGGAUGAAGCUGAACAGAUCGCCAUGAAGGGAGGCAAGAAGCAGGUGCAGAAGCUCGAGGCCAGGAUCAGAGAACUGGAAGUUGAAGUAGAGGCUGAACAAAGAAAGUCUAGCGAAUCUGUCAAGGGAAUACGAAAAUAUGAGAGACGAAUCAAAGAGUUGACCUAUCAGACAGAGGAGGAUCGCAAGAAUAUUGCCCGUCUGCAAGACCUGGUAGACAAGCUGCAACUAAAGGUCAAAUCCUACAAGAGAGCUGCAGAGGAAGCUGAGGAGCAGUCCAACAAUAAUCUUAGCAAAUUUCGUAAGCUUCAACAUGAACUUGAUGAAGCUGAAGAGAGAGCUGACAUCUCUGAGUCUCAGGUCAACAAGUUACGUGCCAAGAGUCGUGAUGUGGGCUCAAAGAAAGGACAUGACGAGGAGUGAAGCUCAUGGAAUGACUUCUGGAUUCUUCUGAGGCACCUGAUGUUUGAAUAUUGUGUCUCCCUAAGCAUGUCAGUUGUUCAGUAGAAUAAAAUGAAUCUGCAUCUCAAA